CUGAUAAUGAAAACGGAGAGGAGGAAUCUCCCGAGUCGUCUCGGUCGCCUUCGUCGACAAAGAAACACGGAGCAAAGACGCAAAGCAGACAAGAGAAAGAGAAGAGAACGCGCCGUCGAGAGAGGGGCAGGUCGACACCGCUGAGCUUUACAGCCUUACCUGUGUCGGGGAGCCAGACAGCUACGCAGUCGCGCGCUCUUCCUCUCUGUGUGGUUUUCUUCUCUCGAAUACGAGGGGAACACAGAGGGGAGAAACGAAGAGACAAGGAUCUGAAGGAGAGAGAAUGGCAGCGUGAGAGCGAGAGAGAGGAAGAGAGGAAGAAACGCGACUUCGGCGACUUCGUGCUCCUUUCAGAGAACUGUCUCCUCUAGGUCCUUUCUGCCGGCGAGAACAAGACAGAAGCCGACAGACUUUGCUUUGGCGAGAGAACAAGACGACAAUCAAAGGAGGGCGUUCUCCCGGACAAAGAGAUCCCCUGCGUCCGAGGCCCCGCGUCUCUCUGUGUCGGUCCUGCGGCAGUGAAAAGAACGAGAACGAAGUCUCGCUCUCUACACUUCUUGCUUGUUUCUCUCGAGCGGUAUGUUCUCCUGGAUAUCUUCCGUUUCUUCCAGGUGAACAGCCUUGUCAGUCCAUUCAGUCCAUCUUCGUUUUCCCCGCUCUCACAGCUUCUCGAAACCUCUCUUCUCGCGCGUUUUUCAACGAUCUCGUCAUUUUCCCCGUCCCGUCCAAAACAGUUACCUUCUCUUCUUCUACGCCAUCCACUUCCCUGUCUGCUCUCUUUCCUCCUCCCUUUCCUCCUUCCUCUCCUUCAUCUUCAUCUUCCUCAUCUUCCUCUUCUUCCUCUUCUUCGUUUUCUUCUCCGUCUACUCCCUCACCUCUCUCUUCUUCCCCUUCCCCCUCUCCCGGUUUUUCUUCUGCCUGCGCUCUCUACUAUUCGUCGUUUUUUCCUUCUCCCAGGGUAUCGCAAGGAGCGCCCUCGGGUGUCUGUGCACUCGGCGUCGAGAACGAUGAAGUCCGCGGCGCGAGGCCGACAGGCCCAGCAGCGCGGGCGUCCUUCCUCGGGAUCCAGAGUCUCCGCCGAAGACGAGGGGAAGAGACACUCGUCCAGUUCGAGGGAGACAGGAGGCGACGCCGCCUGGAGACGCGGAAAGCCUGGAGACAGAAACGGAGAAUUCAGUCCCGAUCUCCUUUACAAAGAUGAACGCGACAGAGAAGCUCUGGAGAGCAUGAACGAGUUCGAGCGAGAGGCCGAGCUCGCGCGGCGUUACGAGGAACUCGUUCGAGAGAGACAGAGAAAGGAGUUGCUGAGGCGGCAAGAUCAGGACCGGAAAAGCAAAGCAGGGCGUCUGGGAGAUGCGCUCAGCGACAUUCGAGCGCGGAGGGCUCGUCAGAAGCAGCAACAGCGACAAACGAGUGAAGAUGAAGACGAGGAGGAAGGCGAAGUCUCUGGAAGUCGAAAGGACGGAACAGAAGACAUGACAGAGUCUUCUUCGGAAGACGAAGAAGACGAGGAAGAGAAGAAGCGUCUCGCCUCGCCCCCGGUCGGCGCCGGCGGUCCUGGAGCCUCGAGCGGCGUCUCUGCCGCAGCCGACGCGGCUGUGGGUUCCGGCGCGUCCGCGGCGCCUCUCUCGCCAGACAGAGGCGAAGGCGCGGGGACAGCCGACGGCGUCGCGCUCGGCGUCGGGAGCGCAAGUGCAGGUGACGCGUCUGUCGAAAACGAAGCGCUCGGAAGAAGGAAAGUUUCCACGGCCAAGUCGGCGAGAGAAGACGAGGGCGGCGAACCGACAACGCAGCAACAACGUCCAGUUGAGGACGACCGGCGGGGGGAUUUGUUCGACGAGGACCGCGUCGACAGCGACGAGCAACGCCGGAAGGAGACGGCGCGUCGCAUGCUUCAACGCAUUUCUUUGGAGCUCUUGAACGGCGUUCGGCUGUCCACCGAGCGUCUGCUGCACAUGCUGGAGCACCCGCAAGCAGAAAAGUUCGUGCGAGGCUGCUUCGUCAAGGUGCCGCAGCCGGCCGCUGCUGCGUCGAAGUCCCCGUCCCCAGAGUCGCCGCCGGUAGCGUGGGUUUGCCAGAUCGUCGGCCUCAGGCCUUGCGCUCCGUACUUCGUCCCCAAGGCCUCGGGCACCCUGGCGGAGUCGGCAGGUCUGGGCGCCGAGAGCCGACGCGGGAGCGUACCCUGCGCAGUGAAGCUUCUCCUGCGCGUAGCCCCCAAGGCCUCGGCGAAGUUCGAUCGCGAGUUCUCCCUCGCAGAGCUGCUCAACUCCCCCGUCACACCAGCAGAGUACGAAGGCUGGAAGAAGAAACUGCAGGAAUUCGACUCAGUGGAAGACCUCUCCAAAAAGCUGCGAGCGAAACUGCAGCAACUCAAAGAAUUCACUUUUACCGAUGAAGAUGUUCAGGCGAUUCUGUCGAAGAAGCAAGACUCUGGCGCAGGGUCGUUUCUGAUGACGACUGGGACUUUGCUGAAGCAGUUGAUGUCGAUCAAGCACGAGAUGGACUCGUUGCAUGCGUCGCUUUCGAGUGUCUCCACAGCGAGCGCGGCGCGACGGGAGUUGAAGGAGAAGCUGCAGGUUCUGGUUGCGCGGAAGGCGGAGGUGGAGGCGAAGCUCGCGAAAAGCAAAGCUGCGGCAGGUCGCGCUCGCAAUUCCUCGACGAUUCACCAAGUGUCUGUCGAGCGCAGACGCGAGAAACUCUCAAAGUUCAUUCUCAACGACCCCAAGAGGUCCAUGAGGAAGGGCGUCGGUCGCGAGCCUUCAAAGGCAUCUCCGCCAGCCGCAACUGCUGCAGCUUUGACAUGCGCAGAUCUUCUUUUCGGAGACGGGGAGGAGGACGCAGGAAGAAGAAAGCGUUGUCGCGAAGGCUCGGACGAAGUGGGGAGAGACAGAUCUCAUGGAGGAGGAGACUCUCGUAGCGCUGAAAACCGACUGUCUCCUUUCGACGACACACGCGCCGCCAGCGCCUCUCCGGCGUUCCCCUCAGGAGGCAGAGACGCUUCGUCGCCUCGACUGGGAGGCGAGAGCGAGCACCGAAGUGCAAGUCCGUCAAGCUCUCAGCCCCGAGGUGUGGCGGGACCGCUUUCGAGUGGAACUCCGCAGGCGACGGCAGCCUGGAAGUUUCUUCUUCACGGCGCCCCCAAAGAGCAACGCGUCUGGGUCAAACACACUGUCCAGAAGUACCGCGAGGGAGGCCCUCUGAACAUCGAUACAGCAAAUAUUCCGCCGCCGCGGCCGUACGCCUCCGUCGUUGCUCUACUUCCUCCGACGCCUCCUCCACCUUCAGAUUCUCUUUUGAUUUCUCUCGAAGAAUACAAACAACAAGUCGCGCAACUGGCGAACAUGCAGCUUGCAGGCUGAGGAGAAAAUCAAAAAUGUUCUUUUGAAGGUUCGGUAUCCGUACGUUUAUCCCUCCAGCGCGGACAGACUCCUCCUUGUGCUUCAUGCGCCUGUAUGCAUGCAGACACAGCCUCACCCUACACGUAUACCAAGGCGUUAAUAUGCCUGGGCAUUGCAGAAACAUGCAUAUGUUCACACAUGUAUAUGCAAGUAUAUAUAUAUAUAUAUAUAUAUGUAAAUGUGUGUAUCCAUAUAUAUAUAUAUAUAUAUAUGUAUAGGUGGGUGGGAUGAUUCAAUGUUAUACAGAGAGGUCGACCGUGGUUGAAUGCGUGGAUGAGCAUCUGGAGGAAACGAGAAAAGGGGAGAGAGGGUUGUGAGCAAGGAGACUGAGGACGCGCGAAGGUGGGCGAACGUGAGGCUCAAAGUCGAGUUCCCUGAGCUUUUUCCGGCGAGUUGUUUGGUUUGUCUCGCAGUGUUAGCUUCGAGUUAACUGCAUGCAAAUCCGUUGACGAUAAGGACAAGAGCAAUGCGGCCGUUUUCUUCCUUUCUGUGUCACUUCUCGCUAACAGAGCAAGUCUGUGUGUGCGCGCAUGCACAUAUAAACACUCCUGGCGACCUUCUCUCUACACCGUUUUCUCUCACCGAUUCGAGUUCUUUGUCUUGAGGUGCAGAAAGGUUCUGCCGUUGUCGCGUGGUGGCUUCUGCAUUGAGGCUUUCGAAUUUGCUUUUCUUCUUUUUGCGUUUUUCGUGAAACAACAAGAGACGCCAUGGCCCUGAGAACGGACAUGUGGUGGACGUUGCCUGUCUUUGCUUCGUCUCCUCUCCGGUGGAGCUCCGUUUUCUCUGUCCUCAAAAAGAGAAUGGACUUCUUGUCGUUUCCUGACUCUGGAUGUCUAUUAUUCUAGUCGAAGUUCUGUCGUGCGUGCACAGAAACCCCG